AGCCGAGUUAACAGUAGUACAGUCGACGUCGUCUGUAUUCCGUUGUAUCUGGCCGACUGCGAUUACUGGAUACUGCUGGUGUUACCCCUCAUUGAAGACGGAGCGAAAGCAUGUGUUCUCCGGAAUUACACCUCGGUUGUAAAUCUAAGACAUGUAGCGCAGAUUCUGUUUGUCUGGGAACGCAGUUGGGAUUUGAUCAGGCCUCACCCUGAGAGCUGCCAGACUGGCCCCCAGGGGGCGCUGACGAUCAGCCAGCUGCAGCUUGAGCACCAUGACCCCGACCAUGAAGCAGUGGAGGCGGCUGGUCCUGCUGGGGAUGUUGGUCUGGAUCUUCUUCUUCCUGGCUCUCCUAUCACACUUCCUGGACCUGCGGGUGCUGGCCCCCGGCUUUGCCUCCCCGUUGCUCAUCCACCCCGAGACCCGACGCCUUGCCUCCAUCCAGGGCAACCACCGAGGCAUCAUGGCCUCCCCCGUCCUGGAGGCCUCCAACUACCCAGCCACCCAGGAGCCCAACUGGGGGGAACAGCCGCCCCAGGGAGGAGCCCCUCCAAUCAGCCAGGAGGGGUCCCAGGAAGCAGGUCCCCAGGGGGCCUCGCAGCCUCUGGGAGCCUGGUCAGUUUACCGGGAGGGGGAGAUGGUCAGGGAGCAGAGCCAGAGCAGCAACCCUGUGAUCCUGAGUGAGCCGAAUGAGGAGGAGGACUGGGAGGAAAGGAGGAGGAGGAGAAAGAGGACGAGGGGGAGAGGAUGGAACAGGGCCAGAGCGGAGAGGAGGAGCGCCGACGGCGACGAGGACUACAUGUUCUCGAGGUCCAAGGUCGCGGUCCAGAGGCUGUGGAAGGGGAACGCCUCAGCGGGCAUGCUCACUCCGCGGCUUCAGAAGGCCAUGAAGGACUACCUGAGCGCCAACAAGCACCACGUGGUCUACAGGGGGCGCCGGCACGCCCGGCAGAGCGCGCACGAGGUGCUGUGCCAGCUGAAGAGAGAAGCUCCGGUGAGGGCGCUGGACGGCACCGAGGACCCCUUUGCCGUGCUGGGCUGGGCCAAGCUGGUGCCAGGUCACCCUCUGGAGAAGCUAGAGGGCUCAAACUUCCAGACAUGUGCUGUGGUCACCUCCGCUGGAGCCAUCCUCAACUCCUCCCUAGGGAAAGAGAUUGAUUCCCAUGAUGCUGUUCUUCGGUUCAACGCCGCACCCACCGAGGGCUAUGAGACUGACGUGGGCAACAAAACCACUCUCCGAAUCAUCAACUCCCAGAUCCUGGCACGACCCAAGCACCACUUCAACACCAGCUCCCUGUACAAGGAUGGGGCUCUGGUGGCCUGGGACCCUGCGCCAUAUUCUGCUGACCUGUCCAGGUGGUUCCAGAGCCCGGACUAUGACCUCUUCACCCCCUACGUUCAGCACCGACUCCUCCAGCCGGCUCAACCCUUCUACAUCCUCCACCCCAGGUUCAUCUGGCAACUAUGGGACGUGAUCCAGAGCAACACCCAGGAGAGCAUCCAGCCUAACCCCCCCUCCAGCGGCUUCAUAGGUACAAUCCUGAUGAUGGCGCUGUGUCAGGAGGUCCACGUGUAUGAAUACAUCCCUUCGCUCCGGCAGACGGACCUGUGCCACUACUACGAGCGCUACUAUGACGCCGCCUGCACUCUGGGGGCGUACCACCCCCUGCUCUACGAGAAGGCGCUGGUCCACAAGAUGAACGUGGCUCCUGAACAGGACCUGAAGAAGAAAGGCAGGGUCACUGUGCCUGGCUUCAAUACCGUGGACUGUGGGCCGUGAACCCUUCCCUCGUUCUUUUGGAACGAGGGAACCCCCUGGGUUUCCGUGUAAAUGAAGAUGACAGUGCUCAAAGUAUGAACCUGAGUUAACUGACGGGCAGACACGAGCGUGAGUUACAGCAUCGCUCGCCCCAAGCCUGUCUUUGUCGGCAGCUGUGGCCGCAAGGGCGGGCAACUUCAGCAAGGGACUGUUAAAGGGAUCAAAAGCUGUAGAGUUGACUUUCGAAGAGGUCGACAAGGAGAGAAAAGAGUUUCGAAUUACUCAGCCCUGAAGUAAUGCCUGGUUGCUGGCAGAAAAUAGCAAAACGAAACCGUUAGGCUAGCUGUAGUAAACACUGUUAAUGGAGGUGUGUUCAAGACAUGAGGGUGUUGUGUUGCGGUGUGUGUUUGAUUUAUUCCCACAAGGGGUCUUCUCACGAACACGGAACUCUAUAGCUGGUCUGCACUUUCCUUUUUGAAUCAUUUAGUUUUUUUCCAUCAACCCCUUUGUUUUCCUAGCUACACUGUAGCUCAUGAAAUGCCAAUAAAAGAUCAAAUAGAUUUACAGGUAGCUGGGUAGCUAGCCAAGCAUCUAGCAAUGCUAGGUAUCUGGCCUGUGUUGUUUUAGAUCUGCUCGAAAUAAAUGUGUUAUGACCUUUCUGUCGAAGGAUAAAGAAAGACCUAACACGAUUCGAGUCUGUCAACUGUGUGGGUGCGUUGCAAUACAAAUACUAUGAAAGAGAAAAAAACGAUUGUACAUUUCUUGUAGACAUUAAUAGGAGAAUAAUCCGUCGGUGCAAAAACUCAGUAAUCUGCAAAUUGGCCCUGCUCUGAAUUACUCAGUCGUUCCAACAAUCACAUUUAUUUGGAGGACGUGUAAUCGAUGCAUGUUUGUUUAAAGCUAAGAUUGUAGGAAAUCAUUGUUGUGGAAUAGGGUUAGAGUCAGAAAAUAAUUCAAUGUUUUGUAUGUAUUUUCCUGAAAUUGAUGGUGAUUGAUGUGAAUUCACUGUGUUUGAAAGAUGCGUUCUAGAAACCUAAAGGAAAGGGGAAUGUGAAUGUAUACCAUCCAUUGUCGAUUCGUGUUUGACCUUACUUUGAACUUAUGGUGCCAAAUCAAGAAAUUACAAAUAGGCCACAUGCAUGCAUGCCUCAUAAUUUCAACACAUUUUUACACACUGAGUUAAGUAUUAUUAAGUAUAAUCAAAUCAAGUAGAAUGAAAAAUAGUCAAAAACAUUUAAAAAACAAAGUACCUUUUUGAACUUUGAUUAUGGAACUAAGCAAGAGCAAUAUUGUAACUUUGUCUGUAACUGUGAUAGUCUUGUCGUGGUCUGAGGGAAAACAUUUGUGUGGACAUAUGAGGGAGAACUCUUUGGUGUAGAAGUUUGUGUACUUAGUGUACAAAGACCUAACACAUUUUUAGGAAAUCCUUACUGUGGGUAUGCGUAUAGUAAUUGUAUUAACUUGAUUUUUAAUGACGCAAGAAUGUGUAUUAUCCGGAUGUUUUUUUAAAAGCUCAGAAGCAGGAAACUCGGAGAGCACAGAUGAAAGCUGAAAAUCUGGGUCAUUAGAACAUUAUUCAGGAAAGACAGAAAGGUAUUGGACAGUAAGAGCAGUUUCUCACUGCCAUAGUGCGGUCUGUAAGAUGGUGAAGGGGAUUUACCAUGUUGUUUACAGCUAUACUACAGAACACACAGCCAUGGUCUUUAGCAAUCGACAGAUCCAUUUGACUGCUGUUUGUUUUCCUGGCCUUGACACAAUUGUACAGAUACACUGUGUAAAUAGAAUGUGCAUUUGGUUGGUUUUGGAUUAUGGGAAUCUGGUAAAAAUGUAAUGCAAUGCAGCUAUUCAUAGUUGCUUGGUACUCUAAUGACAUGUAUCGCCUUUAGUAAUUAUAAUAGACUUGAAAUUGUGCCAAAUACUUUCUUUGUGAGGUUACUGCUGUACUGCUGCUGCUAAUGGUUUCUUGGGAACACAUUACUAAACAUCGUAAGGUGGGAAAAGCAGAUGUUUUGAAAUCUUUGAGCACAGUGACAGGGCCACGUCAUUAGGAGUCAUUUGGUUGUGAUAUUAUAAAAAGGAAAGCAGAAAGCGACUGAAAUGUCAUUUUGAUCUGGUGGUUCUAUGAUCGAAAAUGUACAGCAUAAGGCCUUAAAUAUUAUUGGCUGGUCUUGACAAAAACCGUACAGUAUAUAUCAUUUGUACAGUGUUUUUCUGUUUUUACUGCUCAUUUUGUAUAGAUCAGUUUGCACUGAACAUGAUUUGAUAGUAAGAUUUGUACUUUUCCCAUCCUUUUCUACUAACACUUACGAAUAAAGAUGUUAUACAGCAGUGUU